AUGGCAACGGCCUCGUGCUUUGCCGGGUUUACGGGACCACGCUGUGAAUACGUCGCGUGCCCGACCGGCAAUGCGUGGUGGGACUUCGCGUCGGCAGUCGACACGGCCCAUGCACCGGCAACGUGCUCCAACGUGGGUCUCUGCUCGCCGACAACCGGUGUCUGUGAUUGCAGCGCGGGCUUUUCGGGGGCCGCUUGCGAAUUCAUGGCGUGCCCAGCGUGCCAGAGUGGCCACUGCAUCUCGAUGCGCGACGCCGCGUCCGCCAAUGACGGCAUCAACUUCUUCACGUCGACGUCCUACAGCUUAUGGGACGCCGACAAGAUCUUUGGGUGCCAGUGCAGUUACGGCUACACUGGCUACGAUUGCUCGCAGCGGACGUGUCCCGUGGGUGACGAUCCGCUCACGACAGGCCAGUCGCCCGAGGUGCAACUGCUAAACUGCCUCUGCAACGGGUGUACCGGGUACUUUGCGCUGUACUAUAAAGGCUUCUUGACGGCCAAUAUCGCACCGUCGGCGACGGCGACACAGCUGACCAACGCGCUACUGGCGCUGACAUCAAUUCACGGAAUCUCUGUAUCGCUUUCUUCGGGCACCACUGUGUGCUCGACGACGGGAACGACGGCAUCGAUCACAUUUACCAACAACGGUGGAGACCUGCCGCUGAUCCAGAUCCGCAGUGUCUUGUCUGGCACAAACACGAUCACGCUCAGCUCCAAGGGCGCUGUCGGAACGUACGGCGGAACGUCAGCUGCGGGCACCACCGAGGGUCUCCCGUGCUCGGGGCGGGGUGACUGCAACCCUUCGACUGGCAUCUGCACUUGUGUUCCCGGGUUUACGAGCAGUAACGGCGCCGGCAACCCAGGCAAAUUGGGCGACUGUGGCGCUGGCAUGACAGCCGCUUGCCCCACGGUCCUCGGAAAAGUGUGCAACAACCAAGGCUCGUGUGACGCCACCACGCAAUACCGCUGCGAGUGCAUUCCGCCGUACACUGGGGCGUAUUGCACCAACCUGCUCUGUCCCACGGGCGCGGCGUGGUUCGACGGUGCAUCGGCGACCAACACGGCCCACGCUGUCGCUCCGUGCUCGAAUCGGGGCAUAUGCAAUCCCUCAACAGGCACGUGCACAUGUCAAGCUGGCUUCACGGGCGCCGCCUGUGAUCUGCGUACAUUGCCCUUGUCGUUCGUUUCGCGGUUGAGUGACGUUGAUUUAGUCGCGUGUCCCGGGUCGCCUGCGUGCAGUGGUCAAGGGUCGUGCAAGACAAUGCAACAAUUGGCAGCGCUUUCGUCGUCCAACGGGGUGCUCAUCGGCGCAACGUACGGCAACACCCCCAACUACGCCCCUACGUGGGACUACAACAAAAUCCGAGGUUGCUACUGCCAAAAGAAUUUCUACAUGGGGCCGUACGUCGGUGCUGUGAACGACUUUCAAGCCUACGACUGCUCGGCGCCAUACAACAAGCGCGAUAUCAGCAAGCGCAACGGCCGCCACCGUGCAGACAGCCCUGCAAGCUCUGGCAUCCAUCGUAUCCGCUACCGUGACUUUUGGUGGUGGCGCGACGACGGUUUGCAGUGCCACUGGCUUACGACGGUUCGAUUUACAUAUGCCCAAGGAGAUUUGCCGCUGCUGAUCGCGCCUGACACCGACCUGACGCUGUCGACGGGGGCACCGGCGAUUACUGUGACCGAGACAGUUGCGGGCACAAAAGCGAAUCUCGAAUGCUCGGGUCGUGGCACCUGCGAUCGGACGCUCGGGCGCUGCAACUGCUACGACUACUUUUUGAGCUCGGAUGGCUAUGGCAACGUGGGCACGCGCGGCGAUUGCGGGUACUUAACGCCGUACAGCACCCUCUCGACAACGAUCACGACAAUCACGACAACGACGACAACGACCUCCACCGUGUAG